GUUUUCACCAGCGCGCGCCCCCGCCUCUCUCCCCUCCGGGACUGCGCUGCGCGCCCCUGCACACUCUCCUCCCCCCUCCAUUUCUGUCCUAGCCUCUCUCCCACUGUACAUCUAUUUUUAUUUAUUUAUUUGUAAUUACCUAUUUUUAAUGAGGCGUUAGCUGCUUCUCUCCCCUGUCUUCCCCUUCUCUCUCUGUCCACGGCCUCUCCCCACGCAGGGAAAUAAAUCCUGCCUCCUGUGGGCUCCCACAUAUGUGACAGCCUGUGAGCCGGUUGGUACGAGGAAUGCUGCACUUGACCCUGAGCGGUGCCGUUCCUUCCAGGACAUUGCGGUGGUGACAAGGACAUGGGACGAUUCCUCCUGCCUUCCAGAUGGUUCUUUACGACUGACAUCCAGCUUAACCUCGGUGGGAAGGGACCAGAGACUCUUUCUCUCUCUAGCCGUGGGGUGCCAGAGCCUCGCAACGGUAGGAGACGUCAGGUUCUACAUAUUUAAAGUUUUAAAGUGACCUUUUCCAAUGAGGAUGUCCGGUGCUGUAAAAGACGACGCGGAAGCCAUGAAGGGUUCGGAGACGGACGUGAGACGCUCCACCUCGUUAGAAAACCUCACGAAGUCUGAGGGACACGAGAAGGAGGACGCCUGCCUCGAUAACAAGCAGGAUGCCGCGCGGCAAGUUCAACCUUUGGGUCAAAGUGGAAAGAGGUCAAAGUCAAAUUCAAAGUUAAAGCUCGUUCGGAGCCUUGCUGUGUGCGAAGAGUCUCCUCCUUCCACAGCCGAUAUUCCCUCGGACAUACAGGAAAAUGUACAAGUCCAGCUUACGCCUUCGUUUGGGAAAGAAGAAAAGCCUUCGAAAGAUGAAACGGAAAAAGAAAAGGGAAGCGAAAAGUCUUCUCGCAAGAUGCUCUCCAGAGAUUCCAGCCAGGAGUACACGGACUCGACAGGCAUUGAUCUGCAUGAAUUUUUAGUCAACACUCUGAAGAGUAACCCCAGAGACCGAAUGAUGCUGCUGAAAUUGGAACAAGAUAUAUUAGAUUUUAUUGGCACCAAUGAAAUGCAACGUAAAAAGUUUCCUCCGAUGACCUCCUACCAUAGAAUGCUGUUACACCGGGUCGCUGCGUAUUUUGGACUGGAUCACAACGUGGACCAAAGUGGUAAAUCGGUCAUUGUGAACAAAACAAGCACUACCCGAAUACCCGAUCAGAGGUUUGAAGAACACAUUAAAGAUGAGAAGAAUGUAGACUUCCAGAAACGAUACAUCCUCAAGAGAGACAACUCAAGCCUCGACAAAGAUGAUAACCAGAUGAGGAUGAGAUUAAAAGAUGACCGAAGGAGUAAAUCGAUUGAAGAAAGAGAAGAGGAAUAUCAGAGAGCGCGGGAGAGAAUAUUUGCCCAAGAGUCCUUGUGUUCUCAGGAGAAUUACCUUAUGGAUAAAAGAAUUCAAGAAGAAGAAGCCAACAUGACCCAACAAAGACGUCAAAUAUUUAGGAUUAAUAAGGAUGCGUCGGGGAGAUCGGCCAACAGCCUCUACAGCAGUACGGAAAACGACCUGAAAUACAACGAGCCCCGGCCGUGGAGCAGCACGGACUCCGACAGCUCCAUCCGCAAUCUGAAGCCCGCCGUCACCAAGGCCAGCAGCUUCAGCGGGAUAUCCGUGCUGACGAGAGGCGAUAGCUCCGGGAGCAGCAAAAGCACGGGCAGGCUUUCCAAAACAGGUUCCGAGUCUUCUAGUAGCGUAGGGUCAUCCACUGGUUCCCUCUCUCACACCCAGCAGCCGCUUCCAGUAACCGCUAUAAGUCAGCCUUCCCACGGCACGCCGGCUGUCCUUCCAGCGAUCAGUACUAGUAAUUCUGUUACCUAUGAUGGGGGAAUAAGCGGACAAGUGGCUCCUUCUAGUACUAGCUUCUUUUUACUACCCCUGGAAGCCACAGGCAUUCCGCCUGGCAGUAUUCUCAUCAACCCGCAAACAGGUCAACCCUUUAUAAACCCUGAUGGCACUCCAGUUGUGUAUAACCCCCCCGUUACUCAGCAACCGGUUAGGACCCAAGUGCCUGCGCCCGCCGCACCCCCUCCACCCCCAGCGCCUCCGCAGCAGGCCGCCAACCAUAUCAUAUCGCAGCCUAUUCGAUCUCUGCCGUCUUCUUCGCAGCCUGUUCAGUACUCCGCGGUCUCUUAUCCGCCCGCGCUCCUGCCCGUCUCUCCCACCCAGCAGUACGCCGUGCAAGAUAACCUGGGAUCCCAGUUCAGCCAUAUGAGCCUCGCCAGGCAGUCUUCUGCGGAUGCGUCCGAUGCCCACUCGACGAUGUUCCAGUCAACCGUGGUGCUUCAUCCAUCUCCGCAAUCCGGCUACAUUAUGGCUGCGCCGCCACCUCCGCCGCCGCCACCAGCAGCGCCGCUCGGACAGCCGGUCCCCCCUCCCAGCUACGUCGCUUCCAAUCAGACUGUAAGCCAGCCGCUGCUGCAGCCGCAGGGAUACAUGCAGCAGUCUCUUCCGCAGGUUCCGACUUGCUAUUGUGCUCCCAGCCAGUACACUCACUCUACUCACUCUAACCAACAAUAUCGACCAGUGACCUCCAUCCAGUAUAACUCCCAGCCAAACCAAACACUGCCACAAGCUGCCCACCCAACAGGUUACCCCGCUGUGAUGCCCAACCAGCAAGCAAACUACCAGGGCAUCGUCGGUGUUCAGCAACCUCCAAAUCAAACAGGGCAACACGGGAACAUUGCCAACCCCAUCCAGGGGGUCAUGGUGCAGUACUCCUCCGUACCUUCCUAUCAGGUCCCUGCUCGGCAGGCGUCGCAGCCUGUGUCUCAACAGCCAUACCACCAACAGGUGCUGAUAUCCGGCCAGUCCGGUCAGGGGCCAUUACCCGCUGCGGGGAUGCCGGUGUAUUACAGCGUCGUUUCACCAGGACAGCAAAACAACUUGAACUCCUCGGUGGGUUACAUUCAGCCCCCUGGAUCCGACCAAAUGCAGUUUCCCAGAACGACCUCACCGUGUAAUUCUCAGCCACUUCUCGGCUCUCACGGCCCAGGUGUUGCAGUGCCUCCCCCUGGUGGCGGGAUGGUAAUGAUGCAGCUCAAUGUACCCAGCAACCCCCCACCUCAGACGCAUUCACCACCUCAUUGGAAGCCAAAUAAAUAUUAUUGUGAUCAUCAGAGGAUCCAGAAAUCCGGGGACUACAACAUUCUGGACCCUUCUACCCAGCAUAGUUCCCACGUGAGUAGUCCCGUCACUUCUCCCAAUCAGUCGCCCGUCCCCGUGCAACUAACCAACAUGAAGAACAUCCGCCCGGGUCUAGCGCCUCUCCCUCUCAUUCCGCAAAUUUCCAGACCAUUUCCGCCUGGACAAGGUGAUACAAGAUACCCGUUACUUGGUCAUCCAUUACAAUACAAUCCUCCUCAUGUUAUACACGGACACAUAACAAGUCAACAGGGCCAGCCUGGUCACAGACAUGGAAAUAGAGGUAAAAAGACGGCGAGAAAAGCAGCCUCGACAGAUCUUUCCGCGGGUGAGCCAGCCAUUGGAAAAGUCCUGGAAAUCACAGAACUGCCGGACGGCAUAAGCCGCAAAGACGCCGAAACGCUUUUUGGAGAACUGUUUAAAGUUGGCGCCAGGAUCCGAUGGCUCCGGGACCCCCGUUCCCAACAAAUUCCCCAUCAACAUUAUUGUGGCACCAGUGGCAACCACGCGGGCUCCGAACACUCCAACCCAUCCCAAGACUUGGCUUCUACCUACACAAUAGUAGCCACCUUUCCUACAGUAUCUGCUGCUCAAAGUGCUUUGAAGAAACAAAACAAUAACUUAAUGAACAAGUUUAGACUAAGAACGAGCAGAAAGCACUACGAUUUUCAUAUCCUGGAAAGGGCCAGCUCUCAAUAGAAGACGUGGUCGUGUUGGACGCAGACCCUUUCUCGACUUCCAUUAUUGUUUUGUAUUCUAAUUGAUUGUCCGAUACCUGCAGACGCCACUGAAAACCCUCCUAUCGCCUUCAUUUCAUUAGAGAACAUGCCAGUGGGGCAGGGGUUAACUAAAUGGUUGCAUUUGCAAAAAAAAACCCUAGAAACACCAGGUUUCUUAAUUUUUUUUCCACCCCACCUUUUAUAGUCUGUUUUAUAUUUCUGUACUGGACCCAAAGUUCUCUUGUACAGGGAAAAAAAAAAGUUGUUCAUAAUGAAUGCCCAUGAUAGAAAAAAAAAGAAAA